GAAGUGACCCGGUUCAGAUCUCCAGCUGUGUAUAACAGUCUCCGUGAGGAGAGGAAUUUUCUGGGAAGAUUAAGUGUUUAUUAUGGCUCAAAGAUGCAUUUUAUCCCUCUCCCGGUGUUUGCAAUUGAGUAGAGUGGCCGCCCCAUCGUCGCCCCCGCACGGAGUGUUCAAAUCAAGCAGUUUCGCCAGAAAUAUCAGCCUACAGACGUGCAACUAUGCUGCCGAAGUAAACAAGCCAAGUCAGGAUGCGCAGGCUGGACCACAGCUCCUCACGAAGCUCUUCCCACACACGGCGGUGCCGGAGAAGAGCCAGGAAGAGUUGGAGCGCGAGCGGAAGGAGCAGGAGGAGAAGAGCAAAAAGGAGAAGGAGAAGUCCUGGAAGCACAUGAAGAUUGGAUUUAUGGUGUUCGGCGCCUCGGCGGGCAUCAUGGGCGCCUGGGCGAUCUACGAUCUCGGCUCGCCGGAGAGAGACGCCGCGGGGAAGGUCAUCGAGGAUGAGUUCAGCAAAAUGCCAGUAGUUCAGCAGUACUUCAAACGAAUGUGGAAAUCCAUGACGUACUACCAGAAGAUGAUCCAGGAGCCGUCACGCGAGAAACUCCUGCCAGACCCCGUGAAGCCGCCAUACAUCCAGCCGCCGUACACGCUGGUGCUGGAGAUGAAGGACGUCCUGGUGCAUCCGGACUGGACUUACCAAACUGGCUGGCGCUUCAAGAAGCGCCCCGGCGUCGACAACUUCCUGGAACAGCUGGCGCGGCACUUUGAGAUUGUCGUGUACACAGCGGAUCAGGGCAUGACUGUCUUCCCCAUCCUGGACGUUCUCGAUCCCAAUGGUUACAUCAUGUAUCGCCUCGUGCGCGAUGCGACACACUUCGUCGACGGACAUCACGUGAAGAACCUGGACAACCUCAACAGGGAUCUGAGCAAGGUGAUUGUCAUCGACUGGGAUCCCAACUCCACCAAACUCCACCCCGAGAACACAUUCAACCUCUCGCGAUGGACGGGAAAUGACGACGAUGCGACACUGUUCGAUCUUGUGGCGUUUCUGCAGACAAUCGCCGUGUCGGAAGUCGACGACGUGCGGGAAGUGCUGCAGUACUAUCGGCAAUUUGAUAAUCCACUUGAGCAGUUCCGGGAGAACCAGAGGAAGUUCUAUGAGCACAUUCAGGAGAAGGAGCGCGAGGAGUCGGGAAAGCCCGUGGCGCCAGUGAAAAAGUGGACGCCCAGUUUCCUCGCCAGUAAGUAGUUUCCACUUCUCUAAUCCCCCACAGAUUAUCUUCUUGAGGAAGAAUAAACAAGAGAAAAGGCUUAAAA